UCCUUCUACAUGGCCUUGUCGUCUAGGUCAACUGCCGAGCAGGCGCGCAACAUCGCAGGGCACUCAGUCCUUCAAUGGAGGCGAUUCAUCCCCGGAACAUACUGGAGGACCAGCCAGGCAAGACCUGGCCAUUAAUAGCUGCUGAUGAGCAACACAAAGUACACCAUCGCAUCAAUGUCGCGCUGCAAAGAGAAGGUAUACCUGCUGCUUCUGAACAUCUAAUUCAGUGGCGUAUGGCAAUGGCUAUGCGCAGUCAAUACAGACAAUCGGCCUUGUCCCAGAGCCUACCAAGCACGAAUUCCGCGUCUCGCCCUUAUGAUCCUGUCAGAGAUCUGUAA